GAUUCUCGAAAUAUGAAUUACCAUUUGUCUUAGACUCUUUCUCACUUAUCACUAUCCUUUAACUGCUUAUAAGAUUCGAAGUGUAUACAUACAUGGCAUUUGUAAUCGAAUCUGAGACCUAUCGACUACAAGUUAAUCGUUUUAAAACGCAUCAUUCUUCUUUCUUUACUCCCUCUUCUCUCUUUUAGCUUUUCUUUUCAUUUAUUCCUUCUUCCCCUUCUUUUUCUUUUUCUACUCCUCCUUUGAUCCGCGUUAAUAAUCGAGCCAAUCCUUUUCCUCAAUUCUGAGAUUAAUUUUCCUCGCGUUUUUAUAAGUGGUAAAUCAUGCUGACGUUACGUAAGACCCGGCGGCAAUUUACGUACAACCAGAUAAUAAAAAACUACAUCGUAAUACAUAAUGUAUUACAUUAGAACAAGGACGGUUAGAUGAAACGAUCAAAUCACGUCGGCAAGUUCUCAGUGCCUCGCAGUGCCUUGUGAGGCUCAAGAUCAAUAUGUGCAUCAUGUGGUGCGUCAGAACAUUCGUCAGACCUAUGUGGGCCGCCUUGACGGAUAUACCGUUUUUGCGUUUCUUCCAGGGUAGGUCCUCGCGAUGUUUAAUAAGGCGUACGAAUAAUACGAGACAAAUACGGAGUGCAAGGGGGCGAUACAUUUACCGAUCGCCGGAUAUUUGGAAGGGUAACUUUAUUGAUUACCGUGAAAAUAUAUGCAUUCUUCGUAGAGGUUAGAGCACUGUGUGGAGAAUAUAAGAAUAAAGAACGUAUUUUAUUUAUGUGGAUGGGUGAUAAUUACAUGUGUUCUUUUUAACCAAGCUUCUUGCACAGUUCGUCCCUUUUCUCUUUUUCUCUCUAACGUGAAAAAAAAGGGAGAGAAUUUCAGCUGAAAAGAACAGGCCUAUUGAAUCAUUGCUUUCUGACAUCAUAGCGCUUAAAUACAGAAACAAAAACGAAGAAUAGAAAAAUUUAUGAGGAUACUUGUUUAUGUUUAAUAAUCGCGAUCGAUAUGUAUACGAUGCAGAACAAGUAAUUGGCCUGGCAAUAAUUUUCACGAGUUUGAUUUCAUCUUCGUAUUAGUUGAAUUAGUACAGCGCAGUCUUUUAUUUUUAUUCUCUCGGGACGUCGAACGACGCACAGCACUACCCACGUGCGCGACGUUUUUUCUUUCGAGGAGUUAUCUUUAUUUAUUAAAUCACCGAUAACGCGUGCGACUCCCGACUCACGUACAAGAUAAGGACGACCGGGAUUUCCCGUCCGUCGCCCCUCCGACGAGGUUUCCUUAUACUUGGCGGCGUAUGCUGUUGCGUUACGUAAUCGACGGGAAUCGCUCGUUGUACGCGUCGUUGGUGAGGAUUCUGCUUUUGCUAUGGAGAUAUUUGAUGAUGCAAUUGAUUGGAGGUACCACCUGUCAUUCAAUUGUGACUCGUUCCAUUGUUUACAGGCUGCUAUGGAGACGUUCGUCGGAGCAACAUGAUUAUAUCGAGGACGUGGUGUGCAAGCAGGAGGAUAUUAACGAAAAUGAAAUGAAAACACUGCCGCUCGGGGAUGACGGAAAGAAAAUUUUGUUGAUUAAGCAGAAGGGCGAGUUGUACGCGAUUGGGACGAAAUGCACGCAUUACGGUGCUCUGCUGCACACCGGCGCGCUAGCGGAAGGACGGGUGAGAUGUCCAUGGCACGGCGCAUGUUUCAACAUAAAAACUGGGGACAUCGAAGAUUAUCCGGGCUUGGAUUCUUUACCAUGCUACAAGGUUCGCGUGGACGAGGCUGGUCUUGUUCACGUAAGAGCGAAACGUAAAGAUCUCGAUACGAAUAAACGCACAAAGGAUAUGCAUACACGUGACCCUGAACAUACGAAAACGGUUGUAAUAGUUGGCGGUGGCCCGUCGGGUGCGACUUGUGCGGAGAGUCUGCGGCAGGAGGGCUUCAAGGGACACAUCGUCAUGGUGUGCCGGGAGAACGUGGUACCCUACGAUCGAAUAAAAGUAUCCAAAGUAUUAGAUUUCGACGUUCAUAAGGCGGCAUUACGACCGCCGUCGUUUUACAACGAUCACGAUAUUGAAACGAAACUUGGAGUAGAGGCAAUAGGUUUAGAUACGACUCAGAAUAUCGUCAAACUGAGUAAUAACGAGAACCUGAAGUACGAUUAUCUAUUUAGUUGCACAGGCAGUAAACCGAGGAUGCCUAACGUACCUGGAUCAAAUUUAUCCAAUAUUUUUGUUCUACGAGAUUAUACCGAUUCACAAGGCGUGUAUGCGCUGCUGUCUCCUGAGAAACAUGUAGUUGUAUUAGGAUUAGGCUUUAUCGGCAUGGAAGGCGCGGCUUAUUGUAUUAAUAAAUGCGCAUCUGUCACGGUAAUAGGACGCGAUAAUGUACCUCUCAAAGCGAUAUUCGGCGCGGAUAUCGGUAACCGAAUUAAACAGGAGUUCGACGCUAAAGGUAUAAAGUUCAUCUUCAAAAAUAAUAUCAAGCAGUUUAUUCCAAAGGACGGUGAAAAGAGUGUUUUAGCUAAGGUCGAACUUACAGACGGCCAGAUUCUACCAGCGGAUAUAGCUAUUAUUGGAAUAGGAUCUACUUUUUACACCGAUUGGAUGAAGGGGUCAUCUGUUCAAAUGAGGGACGACGGUACUGUACCAGUAAAUAAGCACCUGAGGACAAACGUGGAAAAUGUAUAUGCCGGAGGUGACAUAGCUUACGCACCGUUAUAUGAAUCCCAUGAUAUAUUGGCUGCAAUAGGUCAUUACUCUUUAGCUCAUUAUCAUGGUAAAAUUGCGGCUCUAAACAUAUGCGGUAAAGAAACCCCUUUGAAAACCGUGCCGUUCUUCUGGACGAAUUUAUUUGGUAAAAAUUACAGAUACGCAGGUCACGGAAAACCUUCUAGCAUAAAGAUUCAUGGCUCACUGGAUAAAUUGGAAUUCAUCGGUUACUAUCUUAAAGAUGGAAAAGUAAUUGGAGUCAGCAGUGUUAACGCUGAUCCAGCUGCGGCAGAUUUCGCGAAUAUGCUUUACGAAGGCAAAAUACUGACAGAAGAAGAGAUUAAUGCAAAUCCGUUUGGCUGGAUGAGAAGUAGGCCAAAGGAUGUGUCAAGAUUUCAAGAGAGCUUAUUCAUCAAUGUGCAACCUUGAGUCAUUUUUACAUGAACAAUAUAAUUUAAUACUUUAGAACAAUGUCCCAGUAUUAGUCUUACAUUUUUACUUUGUACAUUCGCAGUAUAUCAUAUUAGAUAAACUUAGAUAAUAUAUUUCAUGGUGCUAUCUUUCUUGCGUUAGGGAACACUCUAUGUAAUAUAUAUUUUAAUUGCGCUGCUAUAAAAUGUUACCAAAAAGAAAAGA